UGUCUUAUGACUUCCUUUCUAGCAGCUGUGCUGUACAUGCAAAUUUAAGUCCCGAAUCUGCUUUAUUCUUUUUUGGUUAUUCAGUGACUGAUGUGGAAGAUGACCAGGGUGGGCUUAUAUUUCUACUACAUUCUUUUGUUAUGUUGUACAGCAAUAUGCAAUGCAGCGAUUUCAUGCAAAAAUGAAGCCGGUGAGCCUGUUGAUUGGUUUGCAAUUUACAAACUACCUAGAAGGAAAAUAGGUGAGCUGGGCAGUGGGGUGGACUAUAUGUACCUGGAUUCUACAACAGAGAACUGGCAGAUGAGUCCAUUUAUGGUGAACACGACUCAAGGGGCCCUGGGAAGAACCCUCAGUCAGCUGUACUCAGGACAGGCCUAUAAGUCCAACAGCUCUGUCUAUGCAAUCUACAAUGAUGCACCACCAAUGCUAAAGUACAAAGUGGACUAUGGACACACAAAAGGUAUGAUGUUCUUUGACCGAUGUCAAGGUUUCUGGCUGUCGCACACAAUCCCCCAUUUCCCUUCGUUCCCUGAAAAAGGCUACAUUUAUCCCAAGUCUGGAAAAGUCAAUGGUCAGACAGCUCUGUGUGUCUCCUACAAAUACGAACAGUUCUUCCACAUUGUCAAGCAACUUCUCUACAUAAAUCCACGGUUCUUCAACUGCUCUGUACCAUCUGCUUUUUCUCCUGACUUUGGGCGGUUGGCGAAGUUAUGUGAAGACACUAAACUGCCCCUUGACACAGACCGAAGAAUACAACCAUUAAUGUCUCUCAAAGGGGAAAAGUUUGUCAGUUACGUCAAAUCCGGACAGUUUGUGGAUGAUAUCUAUGCCGGCUGGGUGGCUCAGCUCUUGGCCGUUGACCUGUUGGUGGAGACUUGGCAGACUACAGAAUAUGCACUGCCAUCUAACUGUACACUGCCCCAGCACACUCUGAACAUCUGGAGGAUCCUAAUACCAGGGUCAAGGCGCUUCCUCUCCCGCCACGAUCACUCAAAGUGGUGUGUGUCCCGGGAAUAUGAGGCACAGCUCACCUGUUUGGGAGAUUUAAACCGAGAAAAGACCCAACUGUGGAGAGGAGGGGGGCUGACUUGCACCAACAACCCACUGAUUUAUAAAGCCUUCAGACAAUUAGUGGACCAGUACACAGAAUGUUAGGGACAACAAAAUGAGACUAACUGUAAUAUUGUGUGUGAAUUUAUCCCUUUCAUUUCUAUAUAAACUUAUUGUUCAAAAAAAUCAGGUGGACAUUAUUUUGGAAGGCACAUAAAAUAGAGGGAUGAAUAAUUAACAUAAGGAGUGGGCAAUAUUACAAAUAUUUAUAUCACAUUACAACAAUCUGCUUUUUUGAAAAGGUCAAACAUUAAAUUAAAUAAACAAAAUAAACUACUA